AUGGAAGCUGAAGAAUCUGUUCAAGAGCGGUCACCUUUCAUUUCAGAAGCCAACGGUGAGUCAACUGGAAUGGAUGUGACGGCAUUAGAAAGGAAAUACAGUCAGCAACCAAACGAUAGUCAUAAAUUCAUGAACUUAGAAUGGGAUUCUUCUUGCUAUUUCUCGGAUGGCAAGCGUCAGAUUGACUAUGUAUUGGCGUUUGAGAAUGAGGAACUUGACACGCCAUCCACAGAGAGAACAGCAGUUUUUAAUAUCAAUUGCGAGAAUAGUGAAGAUGUCUCUGAUAUGAAUGAUGAAACAGAUGGAGCGCACAGCAUAUGUUCCACCUCAACGGAGUUUUCAAAAAAGCAUAAUCGUCGGAGGUUUUAUGAAGAGAACCUUAAGAAUAUGGGAUUAGAAUUAGAAUACGUUGAUAUUGCUCCACAGUUAGGACGAACAAGCUUUGUACUCGUUCAUGCUCCAUUUCCAGUUUUAGAGAAACAAUCUAAAGUAAUGGGUGUUAGGUUACCUAUAAGAGAAAUUGAUGUUCACUAUGAUGGUGGGGCUCUAGAAGGACUCUUAGACCAAGCACUUGCUUCGCUGAAAAUUUUUGAUUUUGAUGAGUCAACGCAAAAACUUCUAUCUGACCGUGAUUACUAUACUGCUCCUUAUUCUAGUGAAAGGAGAAAAGAUUUUCUAAAUUGGGAUAAAGAAGACAUUCUGUUUCCAAACGCUGAACGAUCGAGAAUGGUUUACGAUCUGUUGACUCGAGCUAAUUAUGAUGGACCUCAUGGAAAAUCAAAUGUGAAGCAUUUUGGAAUAGAAAGGUUGCUUGGUAAUUCUACUUAUUCAGCUGCUUACCCGUUACACCAGGAGAUGAGACAUAACCAUGAAAUACCAGCAGGCGGCGAGAGAACGCAGCGAGAAGUUUUAUUAAAACAUUGGGCAUCAUGGAAGAAUAUUUUCAAAUACCAGCCACUAGAUUGCAUCAAGCGUUAUUUUGGAACUAAAGUAGCGUUUUACUUUACAUGGCUCGGAUAUUAUACUCGAUCGCUUUAUCUCGCAGCUUUCGCUGGUGUAGUCUGUGUUGCAUAUGGUUUGUUCAAUAUUACCGAAGAUGUAGUCAGUAAUGAUAUCUGUGGGAAUGAUGGUGUCGGUUCCGAUAUACUUCUGUGCCCACAAUGUGAUAGGUAUUGUGAUUUCCAAAGGUUGAACAACUCUUGUGUAUAUGCGAAAGUUUCCUAUCUUUUUGAUAAUGGCGCUACUGUAAUUUUUGCUGCUUUAAUGAGCAUCUGGGCAACUUUAUUCUUGGAAGGAUGGAAACGAUAUCAUGCUGAAGUUGCAUGGAAAUGGGGAUUACUCGAUGUUGUCGUUGAAGAGGAUACUGUUCGUCCUGAAUUCCAGUUCCGAGUGAAGACUAGAAGGCUCAACCCAGUCACUCAAGAGCAGGAACCUUAUUUAUCAACAAGAAAAAAAGUUCUCAACUUUUUUGGUUCAGGAGCCACAGUCUUAUUCUUUGUUUCACUCGUGUUAGCUGUGGUUUUCGGAAUGGUUCUUUAUCGUGUCAUAUGUAUGCGAAUACUUGCUUUCAUGGAUCAUCCAACUGUUGACUCGUAUGCUUUCAUAAUUGUCUCAACGACAGCGGCCACUAUUAACUUAUGCGUCAUUAUGAUAAUGAAUAUGGUUUAUAACUAUAUAGCCCACAAGUUGACAACGUGGGAAUGUCCUCGGACUCAGAGUGACUUCGAUAACAGCUACACAUUCAAAGUCUUCUUAUUUCAAUUUGUCAAUUACUAUUCGUCACUGUUUUAUAUUGCAUUUUUCAAAGGAUUGCUGUCACAACUGCCGGGUACUCGAGAUAAUGAAGGGAACGUCACCAUAGGGGGCUUCAGACUGGAAGGAUGUGAUGCUGCUGGAUGCUUUGCUGAACUAGUCAUUCAACUUGCCAUAAUAAUGUGUGGUAAACAGUUUUUCUCAGCUUUAGUCGAGUCUGCUUAUCCAAGUGUUAUGAGUCUUCUACGGAAAUGGAAGCUGCGAGUUCCUGUUGUGGUGGAGACGAAAGAGCAGAGAAAGCAAAGAAUCCGCGAAGAAAAGGCGCAAAAGACAUCUAAUAUGAAACGAUGGGAGGCUGAUUACUAUUUGAAUCCAACAUAUGAUCAAUUCCUAUUUGAUGAAUAUCUGGAGAUGGUUAUACAAUUUGGAUUUGUGACACUCUUCGUCGCUGCCUUCCCUUUGGCGCCUUUAUUCGCUGUUAUCAAUAAUAUUUUAGAAAUAAGAGUAGAUGCUAAGAAGUUUUUAUGUGUUACGCAACGACCAACGCCUGCUCAGGCAAAAAAUAUAGGAAUAUGGUUGAAUAUACUCGAUGUUAUUAGUAAAGCCAGUGUCACUAUUAAUGCUCUAGUCAUAUCAUUCACUUCGGAUUUUGUGCCAAAAACGAUGUACUAUCUCUUACGUGGAACGAUGAUUGGUUAUGUUGAUUACUCAUUAUCAUAUUUUAAUUCUGCUGAAUAUGAUUUUUCUCAUUCUCAGUUUGAUGAUGUGAAGCAGUGCAGAUAUCGUGGAUAUCGGAGAACUCCUUGUUCUCUUGUAAGCGGCAAUUUACAUCAUGGAGAGCCAUGUGAUGACCGUUUAGGUUUAUCAUACGAAUGGUGGAAAGUUUUCGCUGCCAGAUUGCUCUUUGUAGUUAUUUUUGAGCACGUUGUAAUGUUCAUCAAAAUAGUAGUGGAGUACCUGAUUCCUGAUGUUCCUACCAGAAUUUUUGUUCAACAGCAACGAGAACGAUAUCUGUUACGACAAGCUAUUCUGGGAGAUAUGUCUGGAUUGAACUCUCAGCGCAAACCAACUCGCAAACAAUCAUUUGCUGACACACCGAGGGUUGCAUUCCAGCCAGGUUCUUUCGAUGACCAUAUGAUUGAUGAUGAUCCAGAGCCCGCUCAAGUAUUAUUCAGAUCACGUGAAAGCAAUUCGGUGGAGUCCUUCACAACAGCUUUACCUCCUAAUGGAAGCUCAUUGAGCUUGCAAACCUGA